AUGCAAGCAAAUCCAGCUCUACAUACUCCAGCAAAGAAGAAUUGUACAUUCGAAGUUGCAGGAAGACCUGAUGGCGAAGGAUAUUUAAGCCAGAACAAUGCUAUGUUUGGAAUUAUUGUGAUAUAAGAAUGGUGGGGUUUGAAUGAAUCGAUGGUGAAAACAACUGAUAAGAUAGCCAAAAUGGGAUUUUAAUGCAUCUCUCCAGAUAUUUAUAGAGGAAAAGUUGCCCAGAAUAGAGAAGAAGCUGGUCAUCUUUUAGGUGGAUUAGAUUGGGAAGGAGCAGUCAAAGACAUUGAAGGUGCAGCAAAACAUUUGAGAGAGAUGGGAUGUAAAAAGGUUGGAGUAACAGGAUUUUGUAUGGGCGGAGCUUUAGCCAUUGCAGCUUUAUCUUUUUCAGAUUAAAUCAAUGCUGCUGCUCCAUUUUAUGGUGUCUGUGAUUUGAAUACAUUCAAAUUAGAUAACAUAAAGGGACCAAUUUAUGGGUAGUUUGGGGAGAAGGAUGAAAUGAAAGGAUUCUCCUCUCCAGAUGAUGCUUAAAGAUUAGUUGAUGCAGGGUAAAAGGCUGGAAAAAAUAUAAAAGUGAAAAUUUGGCCAGGUGUUGGACAUGCUUUUAUGAAUUAAGACAGGCCUGAAGCAUUUAAUGCUGAGGUAGCUUAAUAAGCAUUAUAGGAAGUGGCUACAUGGUUUAAAUAAGUAUUUUCAUAGUAAUUGUGA